AUGUGGAUUCGGGAGCAUCUUUACUUCAAUGGUUUCAGUAAAAAUUAUUUGAAUUGGAUUUGGCAUGGCGAGGCUGCGGAGAAGGAUAGAUUAAAUUCGAGUGUCAACCAAGAGCCAACUGAUAAUUGUCAUGAUGAUUUUGAAACUGUUAAUUUGUGUGAGGCAGCGUAUGAUAACCAUACAGAAAAUCCAGAAGCAUUUAUGAAGUUUUUGGAGGAAGCAGAGAAGCCACUGUAUAAGGGAUGCAAACGUUACACAAAGUUGAGUGCACUUGUAAAACUAUACAAUACCAAAGCAAGGCAUGGGAUGAGUGAUGCUCUAUUUUCAGAUCUACUAGCAGAUUUUGGGGACAUGCUGCCAGAUAACCACAAUCUGCCAUCGUCAAUUUAUGAAGCAAAGAAGACGUUGAGUUGUUUGGCUUUGAGUCAUGAAAAGAUUCAUGCUUGUUCCAAUGAUUGCAUCCUUUAUAGGAAACAAUAUAAAGACUGCGUAAGCUGCCCGAAAUGUGGCUUAUCAAGAUGGAAGCUAACCAAGAAAAAUGUUGAGAAGAAAGGUGUUCCUGCCAAAGUGGUUUGGUAUUUCCCUCCCAUACCAAGAUUUAAGCGCAUGUUUAAAUCUUUAGAAACUUCCAGAAAUUUAACAUGGCAUGCAGAUAGCACAAGAGUUGUUGGUCAGUUACGCCAUCCAGUUGAUUCACCGUCAUGGAAAUUGGUGGAUCAUAUGUGGCCCGACUUUGGAAGUGAGGCAAGAAAUAUUCGCCUGGCACUUGCAGCCGAUGGAAUUAAUCCUCACAGCAAUCUUAGUAGUCGCUACAGUUGCUGGCCAAUCAUGCUGGCCACAUAUAAUUUGCCUCCAGACAUGUGCAUGAAAAGGAAAUUCAUCAUGCUAACGAUGCUCAUUUCAGGGCUGAAACAGCCUGGAAACGAUAUCGACGUCUACCUUGAGGUUCUGGUUGAUGAUUUGCAACUGUUGUGGGAAGGAGUUGAUGGAGUUUAUGAUGCUUAUCGAAGGGAGGUUUUCACUCUUAAAGCAGUUCUUUUAUGGACCAUCAACGACUUUCCUGCAUAUGGUAACCUUAGUGGAUGUACUACACAUGGUUAUUACGCAUGCCCAAUAUGUGGUGAGGAUACUUAUGCAAAGCACUUACAAAAUGGGAAGAAAAUGUCAUUUGCUGGGCAUAGACGAUUCCUACCACGAUUUCAUCCAUAUCGGAGGCAAAUAAAGGAGUUUAAUGGCAUGGAGGAACUUGGUGAAGCAGGUAGGCCAUUAUCUGGAAUUAAGUUGUUUGAUAAGCUUUCAGACAUAACAUGUGAGUUUGGAAAGAAAACAAGUGUGAAGGGGAAAAUAAGGAAACAAGCAAAGGAGAAUAUUGUGGAAGACAUUGAAGAAGAAAAGUAUGUUAGAGCUACAAAUUUCAGUAAAUGUUGGAAGAAGAAGUCAAUUUUUUUCAAUCUUCCAUACUGGAAAUACCUACAUGUUAGGCAUUGUCUCGAUGUUAUGCAUAUUGAGAAAAACAUUUUCGAGUCUCUGAUUAAUACUUUGAUGAACAUCAAGGGAAAAACCAAGGACAAUGUGGCAGCUAGGUUGGACAUGGUUCAGAUGGGAAUUAGGCCUCAAUUGGCUCCUAAAAUUGGUGAGAAAAGAACAUAUCUACCUCCUGCAGCAUGCUCAUUCACAAAAAAUGAGAGAUUACAAGUAUGUAGGUCAUUAAUGGAUAUAAAAGUUCCAGAAGGUUUCUCAUCAAACAUGAAGAAUCUUGUCUGCAUGGAUGAGAUGAAGCUGAGUAGCUUGAAAUCACAUGAUUCUCAUGUUAUAAUGCAGCACUUCUUGCCAAUAAUCAUACGUAAUUCUCUGCCAAAAUAUGUUAGAUAUGCUGUCAUAAGAUUAUACUUCUUCUUCAAAGAUAUUUGUUGCAAGAUUAUCGAUGUAGCCAAGUUAGAUAAGCUGCAAUCUGACUUGAUCGUUACACUUUUCUUAUUGGAGCAGUAUUUCUCCCCUUCUUUCUUCGAUAUCAUGCUCCACUUAACAGUUCAUCUUGUUCGUGAAGUCCAAUUAUGUGGACCAGUCUACUUCAGAUGGAUGUACCCAUUUGAAAGAUGCAUGAAGGUGUUGAAAAGUUACGUAGGCAGUCGAAAAUAUCCGGAAGGUUGCAUUGUUCGGAGAUAUGCAGCAGAAGAAGCAAUUGAAUUUUGUUCAGAAUAUCUCAAUGACCUUGAUCCUGUUGGGGUCCCUAAAUCACGUGAUCCAAACGCAAGCAUUCCUGGAUUCUCAGCAAGCAAUUCAUCAAUCAUCGUCCAACAAAUUGAUCUCCAACAAGCACACUUGACUGUUCUAGAAAAUACAGAAGAAAUAUCUCCAUACAUUAUUGAACACAAAUCCUUCUUGAAGAUAAUGUUUCCCAAGAAACAGAAAGAUGCAAGGUGGAUACAAGAUGCUCAUAAUAAGAGGUUCAUUGACUGGUUUCGUGCAAAGGUGGCUGCUGAAAUCGAUAGUUGCAAUGGUGGAAUGACAUCAUCAUUUAGAUGGCUGGCCCAUGGACUACGUGUGUGA